CCGGCAUCCUCCGCGGAGCAAAAUGGCGGCGGCCGGGACGGCCCCGGAGGUGACGAGGAGCUAGACCGUCCGCCCCGCGGCCUCUCCCGAGGGCCGUGCGGGUCCCAGGAAGCGAGCUCAAGCCCAGUCCAACGAAGGCGUGAUGCCUUUUCCUGCCGUGGCCGUGGGGACGCCCCAGUGAUGCCUCUGCCCUGAGAGGCAGUGUCGGCUUCUCGCAGCCCUGACUGGACCUCCGGAGCCUGCGGCGGAAGCGCCCCGGCCGAGGCACGAGGCCGGUCUCGCAAGUCCCUCCGCCCCGACAGGCGCGACCCUGAGCGCUCCAUGCCUGCGGGCGGAGGGAGGCGGUGCCUCCCCCAGGGCUGCCACCUCUGUUGGCUGCUCUGCGCUUUCGCCCUAAAGCUCUGCCAGGCCGAGGUCCCCGCGCCCGCGGAGAAGCUGUCAGUGGGCGCCUCGAACCUGCCGUGCUGGCUGGUGGAAGAGUUCGCGGUGGCAGAGGAGUGCGCGCCGUGCUCCCGUUUCCAGGCCGUGAGUAUGUGCUCCCUCCCCGCUGCCCGCUGCCUGCGUGUGCCCCAGCAUCGCCUUUCGGUGUUUUUCCUUGCAGUCUCGUUGUGUGUCCCCCUGAACUGGUUUCCCUCCGAAAAUGUGCCAUUUCCUAAGUUAAUGAAAACCACCCCUGAGUGUGGUUCCACAGGGUAUGUGGAGAAAAUCACAUGCAGCUCAUCUAAGAGGAAUGAAUUCAAAAGCUGCCGCUCAGCUCUGAUGGAACAACAUUUAUUCUGGAAAUUUGAAGGGGCCAUCGUGGGUGUGGCCUUGGUCUUUGCUUGCCUUGUCAUCAUUCGUCAGCGACAGCUGGACAGAAAAGCUCUGGAAAAGGUCCGGAAGCAAAUCGAGUCCAUAUAGCUACCUUCCACUUUUUGAUAGGGGCCUUAGGGAUUGUACCUCAGACACAGACAGUAGAAUGGACAGACUUGGGCCUUUUGUUCUUGGGAACUUGUGGUGGCACCUACUUCUCUGUCUCUUGUCUAGAUCAUUAACGAGCAAAAUACAGAAUAGUUUUCUUCUCUAUUAUAAUUUGGUUUGGGACAGGAAGUCCUGGUGGCAGAAAUGGGAUAGCAGCUUUAGGCCCCAGUGUACCAACUACCUAUCUUCCCCUUUUUCUGGUACUUAUUUAAAAUUUUCAGGACAAAAUUUCAGCAAAAAAGUUUAUUUCUCAGCCAAAACCUCUGUUUGCCCCCAACCCUAACCCC